CACUUCCACAGCAACAUCGCGAGACUCCGAUCUCAGGUCGGCGUGUCGCACACAAACAUUUUCCCUGAAUGAUGCUAUUGUCUCCCACAGAACAAAGAUCAACGGUCCAGGGACCACCCAUAUGCUCCGAAAAAACUGCGCUCUUGUCCUGCCUAAAGUCAUCCUUACGGGCGGAGAUACUUCCAGCCGCCUAUUUGCUGACAACUGCUCAACAAGCAAUCUUUGUGUAACAAUGACCGGAUUCGCAGAUCUUCCCGGAUCAAUAUGCCAUAAACAUCGGUAUAAAAUAAUCCUCUAGAGCGGGCGAUGGCUCACACAAGUACUCUACCUCCAUCUUCACAGGGUUAUGGCCGCCAAGAGACUGUUGUUCUUGCCGGAUCGGACGCAUAACUGGGCGAACCAUCCAAGCCACAGCGCUGCGGACUAUCCAAUUGCACCUGGGGGGGCCGCCCUUUUCCCAUUCCCGCCGCCUACGGUAUUCGAUGCACAAACCAACCAGCUUGGACCGAUGUUACACGUUCCAUUGAAGCCAAAGUCUCUUGCCGGCUCACCUUUGCGGGCUCGCUUCUCCUCCACAAAGCCGACGCCAGCAAUAGAUGCUCUUGGUGCGAAGAUGGGCGGUAUCCUAAACAUCAAGCACUGUGCUACGUUCGCCGACCACCUUAUCCGCUACGCUCAUGCAGAGUCGCAGCACCUGCAGGAGAUGCAGGUCACCACUUAUCCCGAGCAGACUAUGCGCUCGUCCUGGUCCGCUGAUCGCACUGUGCACAAUGCGACACUUCCUACCGCCGCAACCCAAUGCGCUGCAAUAGAUCGGCUGGCGGCACAGUACGUAAACCUGAGCGUCGGGAAGUCCGUGUCACUCAACAGUGAAUUGUCAAUGCUUAUUGACGCACAUCGCGAAAUCCUUGACCUGGUGAAUGCGUGGAUGCAGACCCGCUACGAGAGAGACGGAAACGAUCCUACGCCUUGAUGCAGCCGCAACUGGUGGUUCUCUCGUGCUAAUGCAAACCAACACCAGGCUGUGCGUAGAUCCAUACCUUACCCCCUUUGGGGCACUCCCUGUCGAGAGGAUACGAAAAAGGGACUUGUAUCUGAAGGCUGGUCAGGCGACGCUGCAGUGGCCGAUAUUGCCCUAUAUGCCAUGCCUAACGUUAUAGCUGCUGUCGGUGAGGCCAAAGCACCAUGGUCAUCUGCCCUCGUACGACAGGGCGGGCUUCUCAAGGCGUUCGAGCUCUAUGCAAAGAACAACGGUGUUUACGAAUGGGACCCAGUAUUCAACACGCCUGUUGCAGAUAAUAGUGCAACGAGACUCAUCCGCCAGAUAUGGAGCGAGCUAUGGGCGGCCAAGUGCCGCCUUGGAGUGUACAUAGAUGGGAACUUCGUCAUGUUCUACGCUAGAACCGAUGAAAACG